UCUACGUGAAUACGGACUCCACGCUGCCCAAUAAGCACGCGCCGUCGCGAGGUUUUCUUUCUUUAUUUAAUUCAUUUUGUUUUUUGUUUUUCUUGCCUUCGCUUCCACGGGGCCAUGAUGUCUGCUCCACGCUCCAGUCAGCCGUCUUCCUCCCGCCGACACGCCGCUAGGGCUCCUCGCCGUCGUCCGUAGCAGAAGAGGCGGCUUUGUCCGCUCGGGCCCCGCUGACUGACAAUCGGCGUGUACUGUACCCACUCCGAGAGAAGAAGAAGAGGAAACCCCCCCACCACCACCCGCUGUGACCUCUUCUUCCUCUUCUUCUCCUUCCUCCUCCUCCAUCUGAUUGUAUCGAAAUCCACUAAAUGGGAUUCACCAGCGUUCCCACAGCAACGUGCACUUAUUCGCCAAAUGAGGACGAGCGAGAGGAUUUAUUAACACGUCUUUGAUUUGUGUCUGGCUUUUAUCUCAAGGGGAAAAAAAAAGGUCUGCACAUGGGGGCGGGCAAGAGCAAGCCCAAGGAACCGGGCCAGCGCUCCAUGAGCGUGGACGGCACCAUCGGCACGGGCUCCGACAGCGGGCACUUCCACCACCUUGGCCCCACUCAGCAGACCCAAACCCCUAACAGGAGCCCAGCGGUGGGCACAGGCCGUCGGGGCUACCAUGGGUACCAGCACGCCCCCACCAACACUCCUGAGCUGGCUCUCUUCGGAGGAGUGGACCACACGGGCACCGUCACCUCGCCUCAGAGAGGACCUUUGUCAGGAGGUGUCACUACGUUUGUGGCCCUGUAUGACUAUGAUUCACGGACAGCAUCCGAUCUGACCUUUCGGAAAGGCGACAGGCUGCAGAUUGUCAACAACACGAAAAAGUACAGCUUCAGAGAAGGGGACUGGUGGCUGGCUCGCUCCCUGACGACCGGAGAGAGCGGUUACAUCCCCAGCAACUACGUGGCGCCGUCGGAUUCCAUCCAAGCUGAAGAGUGGUAUUUUGGGAAGAUCACUCGGCGAGACUCGGAAAGGAUCCUUUUGAAUUUACAGAACAGACGAGGAACUUUCCUGGUGAGGGAGAGCGAGACGACGAAAGGAGCUUACUGCCUUUCGGUGCUGGAUUAUGACAACACCAAAGGCCUGAAUGUGAAACAUUACAAGAUCAGGAAGUUGGAUAGCGGCGGCUUCUACAUCACGUCCCGCACGCAGUUCACCAGCCUGCAGCAGCUAGUCUUCCAUUAUCGCAAGCACUCCGACGGGCUGUGCCAUGCCCUGACCGACGUGUGCCCCGUGGCCAAACCUCAGACCCAGGGACUGGCUCGAGAUGCCUGGGAAAUCCCUCGAGAGUCCCUCCGGCUUGACCUUAAACUCGGCCAAGGCUGCUUCGGAGAGGUCUGGAUGGGCACGUGGAACGGUACGACGCGGGUGGCCAUCAAGACCCUGAAGCCGGGUACCAUGUCACCAGAGGCCUUUCUGCAGGAAGCGCAGGUCAUGAAGAAGCUCAGGCACGAGAAGCUGGUCCAGCUCUACGCCGUGGUGUCCGAGGAACCCAUCUACAUCGUCACAGAGUACAUGAGUCAAGGCAGUUUACUGGACUUCCUUAAAGGAGAAGCAGGCAAAAUGCUUCGACUGCCACAGCUGGUGGACAUGGCCGCUCAGAUCGCAGCGGGGAUGGCGUACGUGGAGAGGAUGAAUUACGUGCACAGAGACCUGCGCGCCGCAAACAUCCUGGUGGGGGACAACCUGGUGUGCAAGGUGGCCGACUUUGGCCUGGCGAGACUCAUCGAAGACAACGAGUACACGGCCAGACAGGGAGCCAAGUUCCCCAUCAAGUGGACGGCGCCCGAGGCGGCUCUUUACGGGCGAUUCACCAUCAAGUCGGACGUGUGGUCAUUCGGGGUGCUGCUUACAGAGCUGGCCACUAAAGGCCGAGUCCCUUAUCCAGGCAUGGUGAACCGCGAGGUCCUGGACCAGGUAGAGCGCGGCUACCGGAUGCCGUGCCCGUCCGAAUGUCCCGGCUCCCUGCACGAGCUCAUGCUCUCCUGCUGGCGAAAGGACCCGGAGGAAAGGCCCACCUUUGAAUACCUGCAGGGCUUUCUGGAGGACUACUUCACCUCCACGGAACCCCAGUACCAGCCUGGGGAGAACCUAUAGAACCGCACACUCCCAUUUUCACACACACACACCCACACACGCAUACACUCAAAACACAUCCAAUCUGCACUAAACCACCUCAGAGGAACACGGGAUCCUGUGAGGAAACGUCUCUGCCAUCAUGGACCCGCGGAAGCUGCUUUCUGGACUUUCCGGAGACCUGCAGAAUCAAGCUUGUUCAGGACACACUCAGCCUUUGAGGAGUGGGGGACGAGACCGACGUGAAAGGGUCUACACACUGCGUCAAAGGGGACAGAAGGUCAAAUGAAACCGUCCCAGUUUUACGGUACUUUUUUCCGUCCGCAAAAGACAUGGGUGCCAAAAGCCCAUUUUACGCUCUGUAAAAGCAGGCAACUUUUCUCUGGAAUGAGGUGAGGGCGGAUCGGCGCAAUUUAAGUAGCAGAGCCGUAACUGGGGUCGCGUGCGUCUGGUAAAUUGAUGUGGGAAGUAAAGCGGGGAAAUUUUGGAAAUAUUCCAAAUUGGAACUUUUCCAUGUAAAUUAUAGGAAUUAACUGGGAAUCACAUGCAAGUAUUUUGUUUUGUCAUAAGCAGACAUCUAUGCAGCUAUCUAUCCAUAUAUUUAGUUAGCGGCAGCGUAUCUGAAGCUCGCUCACAAAACAAAGCAAAAAAUCAAUCAAUAAGUCAACCAACUGGCUCAUAACUGGAAAACCUUCAAAUCAAGGUACCACUGUACUUGCAUGAAGUAUUGAAACCCGAGUUCGCCAUUAAGAGCCAACCUUCCAUUUUGUAAAUUCCUGAUGUAUUUCCAUAAAUUCCCAACUUUGAAAAUGACCAGAAUUUUGCUAACCUAGCAGUAACAGAGAUGGGAUUAGUGUGAAAGGCAGGACAGAAGUGUCAGGUUGGACGCUCGCUUAUCCCGUCCUGUUGUUUCCAAAGCAAUCGUAGGCACCGAUAUCAUCUCUUGAUCUGACAGGAUUUUCUGGGUGGCUCUUCCGUUACGGCUGGGAUGCGGCCAUUUUAUGGGCCUUUCACAGGAUUUGAGCGAAAGUGAUCUUGCCCCCGUCUCCUCUUUCUGCCCUCCUGUCAGCGUCUUUGCAGUUUUUUAUUCAAGUGCUGCUCCUGCUGCUGGUUCUUCAAACUUCUUCAUGUUUACGUGGAAAUGAUCUCCAUUUGUUUCCCAGUGGCAAUCAUGAGAAUCAGUAGGCAUGCUUAUUAGAACCAAGCUGACUCAGUCCGGUGUUGUUCAAAUCGGGUCAAAAUGAACCACAAUAGGAAGCAUUUGGGUCGUAGUCAUCCCGUCUGCCGUCGCCACCAACGCAACGCCGCACAUAGGGAGAUGUUGCGGUCACAGUUUUAUCAGGAUCAGGUUCAACGACGGUGCGUUCAUAACAGUGCUUGAGAUCUUGACAUGGGCCGAAAAUGGUAUCGCUCUCGUCAAUUUUGAUGACAAUUUUUCUACCCAAGACAGCGGUUUCAUUUGAGUGGACCUUAUUGUUAAAUAGAUAUUUGAUUGUUUUGUAGAACCUCUAAAAUACAAAACUAUCCUGACAUGCUGGUUUGAUUUCCAGGUUGUUCUCAUUGUUCAAAAAUCAUGAAUUGGUUCCGGAAUCAAACUGUUGCUGUCAUAAAACUUUUAUCAACUGUACAGGUGAUUUUCAAAAGUAUGAGCCAAAAUGGCUGGUUUGAACCAAAAUGGCCGAUUUCCUGUCCAAUUCCAGGCAUGGGUCCUUGACUUUUUUUUUUUGCGUUCUGUGAUGCUGGACAUGUCCGCCAAAGUUGGUGUCGAUUGAUAAAACUAGUGUCGGGGCCAAUUUAUUUAUUUAUUUAUUUUCCCCCCUUCUAACUUUCCAGGGGAAACUACUGAGUGAGAUUUGGGGGUUGUGUUUAGGAAUUCCACCGUCAAAAAGUAUCAUCACACUUUUCUUUUCUUUUUUUUUUUUUUUUAAUUUACAUUUUUAUUUUUUUCCUCUUUCCUCUCACUGACCACACUUUUUGGAGUUCACUUAGGUCAAGUCACAACCGAUUUAUCGACAUGUCGGGGGGGGAAAGUCCAAAAAUUUUCAUUGAACCUGAUUGUCCCACUUUUGGGGGUGUUUGAAGUCGGAGGUUCCACUGUCUUGCAAACAACUGAAGGAUGGCCGGGGGCAUGAAAGCCGUUUGAGCAUUUAUUCGAUAUCCUUGAUAUUCAUCUUAAGGUCCAUCCAUGUACAAGUACACUAUUUAGGACAACUUUGGCAUAGUAGUUAGAACAACUAAAGGUUAGCGAAGAGGCAAGACUGUGCACUAGUUGACAACUGCGUGAUACAAGUACUACUAGUGACAUCAAAUUAAACAAGACUGCAUCUCGCCUUCAACUCGUCACGCAGAUGUCAACUCGUGCACAGUUUUGCUUCAUUAGUAAUAUGUAGCUGUCCUACUUCUAUGCGAAAGUUCUCUUAAGGACUAAGAGCAUGGACCUUAAUAUCAAGUAUAUUGACUAAACGCUGGAACGGCUUUCCGUACAGCGGCGAUGCAUCAUCUCCGACUAUGCAUUUCUAUUAGCAGUUUCCAGAAAUCACUAGCAUAGGGCACGUGAGAGCGGUCCAUGUUCAUCAAACAUUUCUACAGGCGGCGGACGGGAUCCUUGUCCGAUACACGGCCGAGCUCAGGACGGCGUCAAAAUGUUGACUGCAUCUGUGCCAAAACAACUCGACUGCAGUCCCUUUGACUAUGAAAGGGGACCCACGUGAGCUUUCAAAAAUACUUUUGCAGGGGAAAUAUGCAAACGCGAGGCCCCAGUGUGUAAACGGGAAAUCAGGUGGUCAUAAUAAAAAGUGUGCUCGUGUUGAUUUGGAAAGCAGUUGACAUGCUUUUUGUGCUUCGUUUGUAAUUAUGCUGUACAUCCACCAUGCCGUGUUUACUUGAAGCUACACGGCAUUGACCCUUUUCAACUUCUGGUUUUAUUUUGUAUAUCUCAUUCACUGUAGUCACACUGUACAUAGUGUAGCGCUCCAAGGGUUGCUUUUGUAUUAUAAUGGCAAAUAUGUAUUUAUGUUGGCUGUCACUCACUGCAUUUUGCAGCUUGUUUUUUUUUUUGGGGGGGGGGAUUUUAAUUUUUUAUUUUUUUUUAUAAAUCACUAGAUAGUAUCAGUUUAGGUUGAUGCCGACCUAAAUGAAAAUGACAGAAGCAACAAUAAGAGUCCAGAUACAAACGGGCACAAACAGGUGGUUGUUAUACUGUGGCAAUAAAAGGUCUACACACCCCCGUGCAAAGUUUUUGUGAUGUAAAAAAAAAAAAAUGAGACCAAUAAAAAUAAUUUGAAAACUUUCAACUCGUAAUGUAACCUGUACAACUCAAUUGAAAAGCGAGGGGAAGUUAAAAAAAUAUAUAUAUAUUUUAUUGCUAAUGUGUGCACAGCCUCUUAUAAAUGGGGUGUGGAUGUGUUUCGAAUUAACAGAUCACGUUCAAAAUCGUGAAAUGUAAGUCAGCCAUUUCAAGUGCCUCUGAUGAGCCCCAAAUAAAUAGGCAAAAGAAAUGUCAGGAAAAGCCUGCUAGAACACAUCCUCAGUUGUAAGAGGGUGUGCACACUAAUGCAACCACAUUACAAGAUUUUAUUUUUACUUCCCUUUCAAAAACAUGAGGGGGGAAAUCGGUCGGUGUACAGGUUAUAGGUCACAUUAAUGGUGGGAAAAGUUUAAAUGAUUUAACUUUUUAUUUUAUUUUUAUUUUUUUUAAAUAUCAUAAAAACCUGGCAUUUGAUUAGUGGUGUGUUGAUACUUUAUCUCCACUGUAUAUCAAGGGUGGGGAACCUUCUGCCCAAGGCACCAUUUGAAGCAUUUAGUUUAAAGAUUGAAUUAUUUAAAUAUUUUGUCUUAAUUACAUUUUGUAUUGGUUUCAUUUGAGAAAAAAAAAAAUUUUGUAAAAAUUUUUAAAUGGCCCGUGGACUAGAAUUACAAAAACUAAUCAAUUAAAAAUGUAAACUAUUUUAAUUGAAAACCGAUUGAACGACAUUCAUUGCAAAUUUCUUUUUAUAUUUUCUGUUGCAUUCACACAUUUUAGUAAUUUUUUAAAUAUAAUUAGCCAAUAUAAAUGACCCAAAAAAAUAAAAAUCUAUUCUCAUCAAUGUGGUGCGGCCAUGUGAGGACUUCACAAAAUGGCCCCGAUAGGAAAAAGGUUGCCCCCCCCCCUCCCCCCCCUUAAUUGAAUUUACUCUCAAAAAGGACUCCUCCACAAGUCUUUGGACAAUGACAGCAUUUUUAAAGAAUGACGUCAAAGAUGUAAAUAGUAUCGUCAAUGAUUGUGACUAUCAAAUAACUAUUCCUUUAUUUGACUGUUUUUUGUUUGGUUUGUUUCACAAAAUGUGAUCCCAAUAGGUUUUAAUGAGAUGCUACUGUAUUUGUUUUUUGAACCCAUAUAAGCAACACAAAUUGGGCUUGACGUAUAUUUAUUUCCAAGAACGAGAAGUCUCUUUUUUUUUUUUUUUUUAAUGUUUUUAUGUUUUGUUUUGUUUGUGUUUGUUGUGACUCACCGGAGGGACGAAGAGGACGUGUGAAUAAAGCCAAGGUCUGAUUGGAAAACCUGUGCCAUGAUUUCAAACGUGUCUCGGUGUUGUUAUUAUUAAGACUAUCUUUAAUGUUUACAUCUUUAUUUUUUAUAAAUCUAUGCAGUUCAGGCAGACGUCCUGGCCGCCACAGGAAGGUGAGCGUUUCAUGUUGUUUGUAUUUUGAUUGAAAUGGAUA